CCCGGAGGAAUAGUGCGGAUUUCGACCCGGGCGAUCCACCGUCGACAUGGUGUUCGUCGUGCGCCGCCUCCAGGAGCUGGGGUGGAGAACGAAAAUGCCGCUCUACAUGUGCUUCGUCGACUUGAAUAAGUCGUAUGAUUCGGUAGAUCGAGAUAUGCUAUGGAAGGUGCUGGCCAAGGCCGGGAUUCCCGCGAAGAUGAUCGAAGUCAUCCGCCAAUUCCACGAUGGAAUGCGGGCCCGGGUGCGCAUGGACGACGGAGAACUAUCGGACUGGUUCUUCGUGACACAGGGCGUGCGACAAGGAUGUGUGCUAUCCCCACUGCCGUUCAACAUCUUCUUCGCCGAGGUCCUCGAGGUCGUUGUCAUCCGAUUCAGCGAGGAUGAUGUUAUUCUGCGGGGCCUGGUGUGCUUGGAGGAGGGGAAGACGGAAGCGGGGGGGGGGGAGGAGACACCCCUUGACCGAGUACGGAGGGCAGUAUGGGGGAUGCUGUAUGCCGAUGAUGCCGGCGUCGUAUCGAGGUCUGCAGAAGGACUGGCGAGAAUGAUGACCAUCAUCGUUGAGGUGUUCGGGGAGUUCGGGCUAACGGUGUUGGAGAAGAAGACGGAGACGCUCCUGAUGCGCGCGAAGGACAAGCCGACUACAACAUCAUACCCCGCCCCGCCUCCACCACUGACCAUCGAAGCCGUAGGACAGAAAUACGCCCAGACGACCGAGUUCUGGUACCUCGGUGGCCUCGUCAACGAACAUGG